AUGUCCCGUGAGUCCAAGUGCAUGCGCAUCAUCUUGAUAUUGGUUGUGCUGUCUGUUCCUCGAGCAUCAAUUGAGAUCAACCAGGAUAAUGCUAGUUUCCUUUGGGGUCACGAAUGGGACGUAUUCUCGAACAGUGUAGGAUCAAAGUUCACCGAAUGGUUCAACAAACAUGGCCCGGUGUACAGGAUGAAGGGGGCUUUGUUGCACCCAGACAUGCUGGUCGUUGCUGACCCCGCAGCCAUCAACCGUAUAAUGGUGACGAAUUCUUAUAAUUAUGUCAAAGCCCCAUUUUUUUCACCCGUCGUAGAGAGGCUGUUAGGCCGGGGCAUCAUCUGGUCCGAAGGCUCGCUGCACAAGCGCUUCCGUAGGCUGAUGGAGGGUACUUUCAGCCCUUCCAAGAUACGGGAGAUGUCUCCCAAUGUCUUCGAGGCUACAUCCAGCCUGCAGACGCGCCUUGUACAGCAUCUUCAGGAUAAUCACGGUCAGGCGAGCAUUGAUGUGCUGUCAUGGGCCAGCUCCGCCACUUUGGAUGUUAUCGGACGUGUGGGAUUUGGUUACGAUUUCAGGGGUGGAGAGUCCGAAGAAGCCAAAGAUAUCAAGGAAGGUUGGGCAGAGCAAGUCAUCGCAGGCAUGUCCCCAACUGCAUUCUACGGCGAAGUCAUCUUGAGGGCAUUCCCAAUCCUGCACUCGCUUCCAGUGAAAUCCAUGCAGGCCCAGGGUCGCAUGAAAGUGACGAUGGACAAGCUCGCUAGGCGCCUGAUUGCUUCCUCGGAACGGAAUCCGGAGAAAGCUCAGGGAAAGGGAGUCAAUUUCUUGGCUACCAUGGUGAACGCGUCGGGUGAGGGUAAAAUGACGACACAGGAAACAAUUGAUAAUGUAUCUCAUCUCGUCACCGCGGGCUACGAAACUAGCGCGAUGACUAGCAGUAUGAUUCUAUGGGAGCUGGCCAAGCAGCCCUCCUGCCAGCAGAAGUUGCGCGAGGAGCUGGUCAAGCUAGGACGCGAGCCAACAUAUGACGACCUGAUAUCUGGGGCAGAGCUACCGUACUUGGACGCCGUAGUGAAGGAAGGGUACGUGAACGGAAGCAUAUCAUCCAAUUCGGCAGCGAAUUACGGCCGAGUGGCUCUGGCAGACGACGUCCUCCCUCUCGAGACUCCCAUCAUCACCCCAUCGGGCAAAGAGAUUAGGGAACUGCGUAUUCGUGCCGGCCAGUCCAUAAACCUACCGCACAUAUCUAUCAACACCCUGGAUAGCAUAUGGGGAGACGGACAGGUAUUCAGGCCGGAACGUUGGACCGACCCUCGAGGCUUGCCUCUCAAGGCCAAGGGCCUGUCCUCUUGGAGCAACCUGAUGACGUUCGGGGCAGGACCGCGGAUGUGUCUGGGUUACAGGCUAGCUUUCCUAGAGCUCAAGGCGAUCAUUGCCACACUGAUCCGCACUUUCAAGUUUGAACUCACGGGUGAACAUGUGGAGAAGCGGUACGCGGUCGUUUUGCAACCUAGAGUGGUAGGGAAAGAGCAAGAAGGGCCACAGCUCCCGUUGAACGUCACGUUUGCUGCGUGA